AUGACUCACUUACAAGCCGGGCUGUCCCCGGAGACCCUGGAGAAAGCUCGCCUGGAGCUCAAUGAGAAUCCCGACACCCUGCACCAGGACAUCCAGGAGGUGAGGGACAUGGUCAUCACCAGGCCGGACAUCGGCUUUCUGCGCACGGACGACGCCUUCAUCCUACGCUUCUUGCGGGCCAGGAAGUUCCAUCACUUCGAGGCCUUCCGCCUCCUGGCCCAGUACUUUGAGUACCGGCAGCAGAACCUGGACAUGUUCAAAAGCUUCAAGGCCACGGACCCUGGCAUCAAGCAGGCGCUGAAGGAUGGCUUCCCCGGGGGCCUGGCCAACCUGGACCACUAUGGCAGGAAGAUUCUGGUCCUUUUUGCUGCCAACUGGGAUCAGAGCAGGUACACGCUGGUGGACAUUUUACGUGCCAUUUUGCUGUCUUUAGAAGCCAUGAUUGAAGAUCCUGAGCUUCAAGUAAAUGGAUUUGUUUUGAUCAUAGACUGGAGUAACUUCACCUUCAAGCAAGCCUCUAAACUUACACCCAGCAUGCUGCGAUUGGCUAUUGAAGGCCUUCAGGACAGUUUCCCAGCCCGAUUCGGAGGAAUUCAUUUUGUCAACCAGCCGUGGUAUAUCCAUGCCCUGUAUACUGUAAUCCGGCCUUUCCUGAAGGAGAAGACGCGGAAAAGGAUAUUUUUGCAUGGUAACAACCUAAAUAGUCUACACCAACUAAUUCAUCCUGAGAUCCUGCCCUCUGAGUUUGGAGGAAUGCUGCCCCCUUAUGACAUGGGAACAUGGGCAAGAACACUGCUCGACCACGAGUACGAUGACGACAGUGAAUACAAUGUGGACUCGUACAGCAUGCCUGUGAAAGAAGUAGAAAAGGAGCUCUCCCCCAAGUCCAUGAAGAGGUCCCAAUCAGUAGUGGAUCCUACAGUCCUCAAACGCAUGGAUAAAAAUGAGGAAGAAAACAUGCAACCUUUGCUCUCUCUGGACUGA